AUGAUUUCUCUACCACUCGAAGUUCAACUUCGUAUAUUAAAAUAUCUCGAUUUCAACGAAUUAAUCUAUGUUAAACAAACCAAUUCUUACUUUUGCAAUUUAAUUAUCAGGUAUGAGGGGGAAUUUGCACGAAGGAAAUUUUAUGAACUCUCAAUAAAAAGCAAAAAAGCAAUAAAGAGUUCAAAUAAAAUAAUUGAUCUUCGUUCUACAAAUUUUGAAUUUAAUUUAACUGACCAACUUAAGGAGAAGGUUAAAUUAAUUUUUAAAUCCAUCUAUUUAUUUUCAGUGGCAAGCAGCUAUAGCUAA